AUAAAUCAUGCAGGAGAAAUUUACACAAUCUUUGUUGCCAAUUUCAUUGUUUUUAAACCUUAAAAAAAAAAGUUCUGCAUUUAUUUACGUAACAUUAUAGUAGAAAUCACCAACAGCGUCUCAGAGAAGUUUCCAAAAGUGGUCUUAGGACUUUUAGAGUCAGAACAGUUGCUUCGAAUAGUCACAUGUAUUUUUGUUUUCAUCUUUUUCUUGAAUUUUCUGUGUCAUAUACAAAUAUUGAGUUGACCACUAACAAUGUGUGGUUGUCUGGGCUAUAAAGAGUAUUAAUGUAUUGAUUAAAUCUGGAUCAAGAAGAGUAACCAGAGUUUCUUACAGGGAAUUGAGUCUGCUCUCAACAUAUUUUUUCAGCAUUUCUCUUUUUCUUUAAAUAGUAAAUAGGAUUUAUUUUCUCCUCCUAGCUUUGAAAACCUUGUUUUUUUUCCACUGAGAAAAAAAAAAAUCUGAAUUUUAACUGUUGUUGAAUGCAAUCACUUCAAUCUAGUUUCAUGUGAAAAGUACACUGCAUAGUAUCAAUGUUGGAUGUUACUAUAUGUUUACAUUAUAGUAAAAAGAGCUACCAACUAAAGUCAUUCCUCUAAAUUAACAGUGAUAUUUGAGGUUUUAGAUUCUUCUGAUAACUGUGAAGUAUAGACUAAAGUUUCUUCAGUCAGUCAUUUCCUUUCUAUGUCAUUAAAAAAUCAACUUGAUUCUGUUUAUUACUUUUAGAAGAAAUAUAAACAGAGCUUUGUUUGAAACUUCGACUAACCUGUCUCUUGUGUAGACUCCACUGAAGAGUUCUGAGCAUUGUUACAUAGUAGAAUAAUCACUUCACUGCGUAACAGAGGAUGCUACUCCUAUGUAACAUUCAGUAAAUAUUUGUUUCCUGCCUCAUCCAUAUAAACAAAUGUGAUUUAUCAAAGCAAAGAAAAUCAAACUUUCAAAUCAUGUAAGAGAAAAUAAAAUUAUAGUAAAUCUCAGUUAUUGCCUUUGUUGUGCAUUGCGUCAUGUUAAUACUGCUCACACUGCUUUCUAUUAAUCUAAUGCUGAUUGCCUCUAACCUUCACUAAACAUUUUUGAAAAUUGCUGUAGUUUAGCCUGGAACGCUUAUGAUUAGAGUCAACAAUUUGAAAUGGCCAACUCACCUGAUGCAGUCGCCUGCUCUCCACCUGCUUUCUUAAGGUCUGACUCAGUUUAUGAACCUCUUAAAAGCAUUGAUCUUCCAAGACCUGAUAAAGAAACUCUGUGGGAUAAAUUGGAUCGUUAUUACAGAAUUGUCAAGUCUACAUUGUUGUUGUAUCAAAGUCCAACCACAGGUCUCUUUCCCACUAAAACUUGCGGUGAUGAUCCGAAAGCCAAGAUCCAGGACAGCCUGUACUGUGCUGCUGGGGCAUGGGCUUUGGCCCUUGCAUACAGGCGCCUUGAUGAUGACAAGGGAAGGACCCAUGAGCUGGAGCACUCAGCUAUAAAAUGUAUGAGAGGAAUUCUCUACUGCUAUAUGCGUCAGGCCGAUAAGGUCCAACAGUUUAAGCAGGAUCCACGCCCAACAACGUGUCUUCACUCUGUAUUCCACGUGCGCACAGGAGAUGAACUCCUCUCCUAUGAGCAAUACGGUCAUCUUCAGAUAAACACAGUGUCCCUCUAUCUGCUUUAUCUUGUGGAAAUGAUUUCCUCAGGACUCCAGAUUAUCUACAACACUGAUGAGGUCACCUUCAUUCAAAACCUUGUAUUUUGUGUAGAAAGAGUUUACCGAGUGCCUGACUUUGGUGUCUGGGAACGAGGAAGCAAAUAUAAUAAUGGUAGCACAGAACUACAUUCAAGCUCAGUUGGCUUAGCAAAAGCAGCUUUAGAAGCAAUUAAUGGAUUCAACCUCUUUGGCAACCAGGGCUGUUCUUGGUCAGUUAUAUUUGUGGAUCUCGAUGCUCACAAUCGAAACAGGCAAACGUUGUGCUCAUUGUUGCCUAGAGAAUCAAGAUCUCACAACACAGAUGCUGCUCUGCUCCCCUGCAUCAGUUAUCCUGCAUUUGCCCUGGAUGAUGAAGCUCUGUUUAGCCAGACCCUUGAUAAAGUGGUUAGAAAACUAAAAGGAAAAUAUGGAUUUAAGCGUUUCUUGAGAGAUGGGUAUAGAACAUCAUUGGAAGAUCCUAAUAGACGCUACUAUAAACCAGCUGAAAUUAAGUUGUUUGAUGGCAUUGAAUGUGAAUUUCCCAUAUUUUUUCUUUACAUGAUGAUUGAUGGAGUUUUUAGAGGGAAUCCCAAACAAGUAAAGGAAUAUCAGGAUCUUCUGACUCCAGUACUUCAUCAAACCACCGAAGGAUAUCCUGUCAUACCAAAGUAUUAUUAUGUGCCAGCUGACUUUGUAGAAAAUGAAAAAAGAAACCCUGGUAGUCAAAAGCGAUUUCCUAGUAAUUGUGGCCGUGAUGGAAAAUUAUUUCUUUGGGGACAAGCUCUUUAUAUCAUUGCAAAACUCCUGGUCGAUGAAUUAAUCAGUCCUAAAGAUAUUGAUCCAGUCCAGCGCUAUAUCCCCCUACAAAAUCAACGUAACAUUAGCAUGAGGUUUUCCAAUCAGGGCCCACUGGAAAAUGAUUUGGUAGUUCAUGUAGCACUUGUAGCAGAAAGCCAACGCCUGCAAGUUUUUCUCAACACAUAUGGUAUUCAAACUCAAACCCCUCAACAGGUAGAACCUAUUCAGAUAUGGCCUCAGCAGGAGCUGGUGAAAGCUUAUUUCUACUUGGGUAUCAAUGAAAAGUUAGGACUCUCCGGAAGACCAGACAGGCCCAUUGGCUGCCUUGGUACAUCAAAGAUUUACCGCAUUUUAGGAAAGACUGUCGUUUGUUAUCCCAUCAUAUUUGACCUGAGUGAUUUCUACAUGUCUCAAGAUGUUUUACUGCUGAUAGAUGACAUAAAGAAUGCCCUACAGUUCAUUAAGCAAUACUGGAAAAUGCAUGGACGUCCACUUUUCCUAGUUCUUAUCCGGGAAGACAAUAUAAGAGGUAGCCGGUUCAAUCCCAUAUUAGAUAUGCUGGCAGCCUUUAAAAAAGGAAUGGUUGGAGGAGUCAAAGUUCAUGUUGAUCGUCUGCAGACACUGAUAUCUGGAGCUGUAGUGGAACAACUUGACUUCCUACAAAUCAGUGAUACAGAAGAAUUUCCAGAAUUUAAGAGUUUUGAGGAACUAGAACUUCCCAAACAUUCAAAGGUUAAAAGACAAAGCAGCACCCCCAAUGCUCCUGAACUGGAACAGCAGCCAGAUAUCACCAUUACUGACUGGAAAAACAAACCCACCCACGAAAUUCUUCAAAAACUGAAUGACUGCGGUUGUCUGACUAGCCAAGCCAUCCUACUGGGUAUAUUGCUCAAAAGAGAAGGCCCCAAUUUCAUCACAAAGGAAGGUACCGUUGCUGAUCACAUUGAGAGAGUCUAUAGAAGAGCUGGCAGCAAAAAGCUUUGGUCGGUUGUGCGCCAUGCAGCAAGUCUUUUAAAUAAAGUAGUGGACAGCCUGGCCCCAUCCAUUACUAAUGUAUUAGUGCAGGGCAAACAGGUAACUCUGGGUGCCUUUGGGCAUGAAGAAGUUGUUAUCUCUAAUCCUUUGUCUCCAAGAGUGAUUAAGAACAUCAUCUAUUAUAAGUGUAACACCCAUGAUGAGAGGGAAGCGGUCGUCCAGCAAGAACUGGUCAUCCAUAUUGGCUGGAUCAUCUCUAAUAAUCCUGAGUUAUUCAGUGGCAUGCUGAAAAUACGAAUUGGGUGGAUCAUCCAUGCCAUGGAGUACGAGCUACAGAUCCGCAGUGGAGACAAGCCAGCCGUAGACUUAUAUCGGCUGUCACCUAGUGAAGUUAAACAACUUUUGUUGGAUAUUCUCCAGCCUCAACAGAAUGGAAGAUGUUGGAUGAAUAGGCGUCAGAUCGAUGGUUCAUUGAAUAGAACUCCCCCUGGGUUUUAUGACCGAGUGUGGCAGAUCCUAGAGCGUACACCCAAUGGUAUCAUUGUAGCUGGGAAGCAUUUGCCACAGCAACCAACCCUGUCAGAUAUGACCAUGUAUGAGAUGAAUUUCUCUCUCCUUGUUGAAGACAUGUUGGGCAAUAUUGAUCAGCCAAAGUACAGACAGAUCAUUGUGGAGCUGCUAAUGGUUGUAUCCAUUGUACUGGAAAGAAACCCCGAGCUAGAAUUUCAAGACAAAGUAGAUCUAGACAAAUUGGUGAAAGAAGCAUUUCAUGAAUUUCAAAAAGAUGGGAGUCGGCUAAAAGAAGUGGAAAAACAAGAUGAUAUGGCUUCCUUUUACAACACCCCCCCCCUGGGAAAAAAAGGAACAUGCAGCUAUUUGACAAAGGUUGUGAUGGAUUUGCUGCUGGAAGGAGAGGUCAAGCCCAGCAAUGACGACCCAUGUCUGGUUAGCUAA